AUGUGGGAGAAUGAAGAUUGGCAUAUAGCAGAUGGUCAUCCUACUAAUAUUGCUAUUAAUGCACCAAAUGCUAAUAAUAAUACUACAGUAGUUGUAGCUGGCAUUUGUUUUACUCCUCAACAGCAAGAAAUUUCUUUAAAAGAUAUACAAAAAGCAAUCCAGAAUGCACUAGUGCAACAAAAAACUGAAAACCAGACAUUAGUAAAGAAAGUUACAGAAUUAGAAUCUCAAAUGGCUAAGCAAACUGCUUCUCAAACUGUUGAACCAGUUAAACAGCCAAAAGGUAUAUUUAGUACAGAAAAUUUAGAGAGAAAUUAUUCUAUAAAACCUUUUCAAAGAUCUUAUCUACAACAAAGCCAGCAACAAAAGCAAUCUGAGAAAAUAGACAGAAUAGAAUCAAAAGUAGAUAAAAUCAGUCAAAUAACAUCUCAAUUCAAAAGGAUGAUGCUUGAUAAUCAAUCCAAAAAAUCUGUAGCUAAAUCAAAUUCAACAUAUUGA